ACGCAGGCGGCAACGGUGCUCAUGCUCACUGCUCAGUGCUCAGUGCUCAGUAGGACUGUAGGAAUAAAAAAUUGUGAAAGAAAAAUGAAAAAGAAAAUACAGUAACAGACAACAGUAUAUCCUCCAAAACUUUACUACAGUCUACAAUUACACCCUAAAAGAUUCAUUCUGGAAAAAAGAAAAAAAAAAUCUACGAGCAAACCCUAAAAAUUUCCAAAAAUCAAUCUUUUUGGAUUGUUGGUUGGUUCUGAAUGUGAUCCUUCUGGCAUGCCAAAAAAAUGGCAUCUUUGUGCUCUCUCCGACUCUAUCCAAUCUCUUUUCAGCAUCGGAUUUCCAGUAAUGGCUUCGGAAUUGAGCUAAGAAUGCAUUAUGGUUGUACAAAUCAUCGCGGAAGGCUGCUGCUUACUGCUUCUACUUCCGAUUCUACCGUUUCAACUCCCCCUACUUCUACUCCAACUCACAAAUAUGGCUUCAAUUUGGGUAUGCCUUUACAGAAAUCCCAACAAAUUCUUACCUCACUUCCUCCUGUUGUUCUUGUGGUCAAAAGGCAUCCUGCAACCAAUUUCGUACUUGGAUUUUUUAUUGCAACUACAUGCCUGAUUAUUGCUGUGAGAAUUUAUGUGGCUAGAAGAUUAGGGGAUACACGUCCUGGCUCUGUGGAUGACCUUGUAAGACGAGGCCAACUCAGAUCCGAUAGAAGAGGCAUUUCAAAGCCUCUCAAAUAUGAAGACCCAUUUAACAAUCCUCUGGUCAAAUUGAGCAAUAAUAAUUCCACAGUAGAGAUGUGCGGAAAGGUUUACCGGUUGGCUCCCGUCACUCUGACUAAAGAACAACAAGCAAUUCAUCAGAAAAGGAGGUCAAGAGCAUAUCAGUGGAAGCGACCUAAAGUCUUCCUCAAGGAAGGGGAUUCAAUUCCACCUGAUGUUGAUCCUGAUACGGUCAGGUGGAUUCCAGCAAAUCAUCCCUUUGCAACUACUACUAGUGAUAUCGAUGAAGACCUUGCACAAAACAAUGUUUACCAAAAACAUGGUGUUCCUUUCCGCAUCCAGGCUGAACAUGAGGCAUUGCAGAGGAAGUUGGAAGCCUUGCAGAGUGACCAGAAGUUAAAUAAGUUAAUUAUUGAUCCUGUAAAUGCAAAGGAUUUUGAAAGGGCAUUCAGGACGCAGGCCAAAACACAUGAAUGUGCAGAGAAUGGCUCUCAGAAUGGCGAAGUGAGUGAAUAUAAACCUCCAAACUCAGGUUCGGUGCCAGAGAUUUCAGAUAGCAAUGCAGCUUCUGCAAAAGAUGAAAUCUGAAACCAACUGGUAGCUAGUAGCUCCAUGUGCAAGUAUCAAGUGUUAUAACCUGUGGCAAAGUUUUUGAAUGUCAGUUGAAGCAUUUUAUAGUUCAUACAUACGGCAAUGUAUAUAAGUUUUCAGUAAAAUUAGCUAUUAUUCUCUAUGAUACUCUUUACAUUUCUGCAGUAUUUUUCUUGUUAAAUGGGGGACGAACUUA